UACGGCACCUGAACGAGGCAGACCAACCAUGGUACGUGGUUCCAUGACGGCAGGUCGUCGUGGCGCAGGAUUUACACUGGCAGGGCGUAGUGCCGGUCGUGGCACUAGUGGCGUGAUACGCGGUAGUAGGAGUGCCGGAAGGAGCAUUCGUGGUGGCCGAAGUGUUGGUAUUGACAUCGAUUUAAAUGCUCAAGGUCGGGAAGAUGAUGAACCAAUUGAAGUUGAAGCUGAAAUUACUGCAAAUAAUUCGAAGGAGAAAUAUGACAAGGCAGAUUGGUCAUCCAUGAAUACUACAACUUUUUGUGAAAUAUGUGUUGAAGAGGUUGAAGCUGGUAACAGACCAAAUGGAACACUAACUACUGCAGCGUAUAAAAAUAUUUGUGUUAAGUAUCGACAAAGAACUGGUUUGCUUCACAGCAAAACUCAAUUGAAGAAUAAGUGGGAUUUACUGAAAGGGCUUUACAGUUUUUGGUUUGGUCUAAACAAAGAUACAGGACUUGGAUGGGAUUCUAAACUAGGGACUGUGAUUGCAAGUGAUGAAUACUGGAAGAAAAUACAAAAGGGGCAUCCUGAUUGGAAGAAGCUGAAAUAUGACCCUCCAGAAAAUGAAGAUUUCAUGACACAAAUGUUUGAACAUAUUGCAGUGGAUGGAUCUACAUCAUGCGCUCCAGGUGAAUUUUAUGAUGUGGAAAAUCAUGAGACUGAGGUUGAUGGUAUUGAUGGAGUUGAUUUUGGCACAUUUGGGGCAGACUGUGAUGCUCAAUAUGAUGAAUUUGCGUCUCCUUUUGCUAGUGGCAGCAAGUCAACUCAGUCGAAGAGAGGUGACUCAACUCAUUCAAAGAAAAGAGCUAGUCCUACUGUUGUUAAUAGCCCACUGAAGCGCUCAAAGAAUCCCAUGGUUAAGAUCAUGAAUAAGAUUCAUAAUACUUUGGAGAUCAAUUGCAAUAUUUCAAACAAAGUAAUGCUUGGUGAGUAUAGGUAUGAAUCAAUCAAGCAAUGCAUGGAAUGGGCUGUUGAGUGUGGAGCAACUGAAGGAUCACUUGAGCAUUUCAUGGCUACUCAGCUUUUUGUUAAGGCGGAGCACAGGGAUGUAUUUAAGUCAUUCAAAACAAAUGAAGGAAGACUUCUAUGGUUGAAGAGGCACUGCGCUAAGGAUGGCUUAUGUUAGGAACAUCUAUUUAUUUUCGUGUGUUAGGACCAUCUAUUUACUUUCAUGUGUGGAACAUCUAUUUAUUGUUUAUGUGUGGAACAUCUAUUUAUUUUUA